UCGCCGCGUAUAAAAGCGGCUGCGCUCACACAAGCGGAGUACCACAACAAGAGAGCACUCACUGCGGCUCAUCAACUAAAACAAAACCGGGGACACACUACGGCAGGAUGUGGGCCACGAGGAACGGGUUCUCCUGGAGACUUUUGUUUUUCUCCUGCGUGUUUCUGGAGAGUUUAUCCCAAGACUUUGUCGGACAGACGCAGUUCAUAUGCACAUCCGUGCCCAAGGACGUGGACAUAUGCGCGGCCACACUACAGAACAGCGUGCCGGGGGAAGACUUGAAGACAACCGUAAUGCAGUUGCGGGAGACCGUGCUGCAGCAGAAGGAGACGAUCAUCAAUCAAAAGGAGACCAUACGGGAGCUGACCUCCAAGUUGGCCCGGUGCGAGAGUCAGAGCGGUGGCGUGGAGCCCGGGGACGCGCGGCCCGGGGGUAGGAGGAAGGAAGGGGGGACCAAAAACACCAUGGGAGACGUUUCCAGGGGCCCCGCAGAGACUUUGACUCAGCUCUCUCAGACUUUACAGUCGCUGAAGCAGAGAUUAGAGAAUCUGGAGCAAUUCAGCAGGAGCAACAACUCGGUGCAGACCAACAGCCUGAAGGAUCUGCUUCAAAGUAAAAUCGACGACCUGGAGAAGCAGGUGUUGUCCCGGGUAAACAGCAUUGAGGAAGGGAAGCCCGGUCUCAGAAAUGAGACUGAGCAGCGUGGGAGAGUGGAGUCCACGCUCACCUCCCUACACCAAAGAAUCACGGAUCUAGAAAAAGGUCAAAGAGAAAACAGGCCCCUGGAUAAAUUUCAGCUCACAUUCCCUCUGAGGACCAACUACAUGUAUGCAAAAGUGAAGAAGAGCUUGCCUGAGAUGUACGCCCUGACCGUGUGCAUGUGGCUGAAGUCCAAUGCAUCACCUGGAGUGGGGACACCUUUCUCCUAUGCAGUCCCGGGUCAGGCCAAUGAGCUGGUCCUCAUAGAGUGGGGAAACAACCCGAUGGAAAUACUGAUUAAUGACAAGGUUGCAAAGCUGCCCUUUCUCAUCAAUGAUGGAAAGUGGCACCAUAUCUGUGUGACCUGGACUACUCGGGAUGGGGUUUGGGAAGCUUACCAGGAUGGUGUCAAAAGAGGGAGUGGAGAGAAUCUGGCCCCAUAUCAUCCAAUCAAACCCCAGGGAUUGUUAAUCCUUGGCCAAGAGCAGGACACGUAUGGUGGGGGAUUCGACGCCACACAGGCUUUUGUUGGAGACCUGGCAAAUUUCCACAUCUGGGAUCGGAAGCUCUCUGUUGGGGAGAUUUACAAUCUGGCAACCUGCAGCAGCAAAGCCCAAGUGGGCAACGUGUUUGCAUGGAUGGAGACGAACCUGGACAUUUACGGCGGCGCCUCGAAGUGGACAUUUGAAGCUUGCCGUCAGCUCAACUGAACUGAACCGCAAAUGAAGAAAACAUUUGCAAAGCCACUUUUGCCACGGCGUUAGUCAGCCAACCUUAAGGAUCAGGAGGAGACAUUUUCAGUGAACAGCUCCUGGAAUUUUUGUCAUAGAUAUUUUGAAAACAUUAUUUGUGGAAGACUUGAUAAGUUUUACCCGAUUCUUGUGUAGGAGGAGAUCACUGAAGGGGUCAACUUUGGCAUCUGGCAGUGCUUUAAUGGUUUCUUGUGGAAAAAUUAAGUGAUGGCACUGAAAGGAAGAGGUCGCUCUGUGAGAGCAAAUAAAUAACGGGCCGGAUUCAAGCGUGCAGCAGGGAGGUCGUGUAGGUUUUAGAAAACUGAUGUCACACAAUUCAAAGAAAACAAAUGAAUUUUUUUUUGUGGUCGGUUCUGUCUUGACUGCCAGGGAUUUGCACUGUGGAAAACAAGCAGGUGAACUUAUUUAACAACUUUUGGAGGCCAUGAAAAAACAAAUUGUUUCUCGAUCACUCUCCUUUCUCUAAAACCACCCGCUUAACGUGAUUCUUGUGCAAAGAAUGACUGAUUUCUUCAAUGCCAACGUAUGAGCCUGAGUGCCUUGGGCUGUUGAAAGGACAUCUCAGCGCAUCCAUUAUCAUUUGCAGUGUUUGUGUUAAUUAUCCUGUAAACUGAUUUUAAACACAGUCUUUGUUGUAAUACUUUAAAAUGCAGUUGGACCAGAUUGUACGCUGUGAAAUGCGAUUCUUUUGCAUUUUUUAAUGGUUGCUCGAACUUGAGUGGGAAUGCUCCUUUGUACAGUAAUAAGCAUGUCUUAACUUCUGCGAUGCUGUGACAUCAUCUCUAAUCUUUGCUUUUACUGUCCUUACCUUUGAGUUGAGCUUUUAUACUGUAUUGUUAUAUGCUUAAAGCAUGGCGACACUGACAGAUGAAAAAAAGUUCUAGUUUUUGUAAUAAAUUGUGAUACUUGAACCAUAGGUAGGUGUAUAUAUAAUUAUUUUUGCACAUGUUGGGGAUUCUGUAUGAGUUGACCAACGGUGAAAAUGUCAAAGCUCUUUUUGGGUCACAGUUGGUGCAAAAUGCUAAACAGAAUAAAGUCGUUAAUGAUGCA